AUGAAGAAUGAUGAGAUGGUCGAGUUGCUGACGGCCAUGGAGAACAACUUCAAACAACAUGCUGAAUCCCAACUGGAGCAAUUUACAUUUAUACUGGAGCAGCAUCGUGCUUCAAAAAAUGAGAGGUUGAGUCAAAUUUCUCAGGCGCCUACUGGUUCAAAAUCUAAGGAAGGGAACAAAUGUGUUGAAGUCGAGCAGAGCCCUGUCGUCACUCAGCGGCAUGGAGGUGAUUCCUCAUCGCGAAAUCUGAAUGCAUUUUUGAAGACUCUGAGAGUGAAGGUACCCAUAUUUGAUGGCAGUAAUGUGGAGAACUGGAUUUAUAAGAUCAAUAAGUAUUUUGAUCUUCAUAAGGUGGAACCUAUGAACAAGGUGCUCUUGUAUUAUGGGCACGAAGGGGAUGAGGCUGAUGGUGAAGCGACAGCUGAACCCACUGAAGAAGAAAUUGAAGAGGAGCAUUAUCUAUCAUCUAUGGCUAUAUUACGAUCGGGAUCUUCUACUCCUUCUCCUUCUGUUAAAAAAAUUCCAAAGUCUCCAAAGAUUUCUAAACAAGCUUUGCUGAUGGGAAAGAAAACUUCUGUGAAGUGGAUUGAAGAGAAACCAAGCUCUCAUAACUCGCCCAAAGCCAAGUCAUCGAAAUCCCAAUCUCAUAAACGAAAUUUGGUUUCUGAUGCUGUUGAAAGGAGGAAGGCGAAAAAGGUGAAAUCAAGCAAAGUUGUGGGAGAUGAUCCAAAGAAAUUUGUUGUUAAGUUCUGUUUACAUUUUAUCAAAUUUUAUUGUGUGUCGCAUCCUGAUUUUCAGUUGAAUGCAGAUAAUGUUUUCUUGAAUCUUCCUGCAUUUAAUCCACAACCUCAAUUAAUGCAUGGGUUGUUAUUGAGGGAACUUAAGCAUCCAAAUGAGUAUGAGCUAUGGGUUAUGGUUAGUGGUAUUAGGUUGAGGUUUAGUAUGGAAGAUUUUGCUUUGAUUUUUUUUUUAGAUUGUGAAGGGGAGUGCAAUAAUUUAAAUUUCAAACAAGAGUCAAAUAGCUUUUUGGAUAAAUAUUGGCCAGGUUGUGACAAGAUUUCUAAGCAAUCUAUUCAUGAGUGUUUUAGGGCUAAGAGGUGGGGUGAUGAUGAUGAAGGUGCUGUAAAGUUGGCUGUUCUGUAUUUUGUGCAGUGGUUUCUACUUAGUUCUAGGAAGGAAAAACAAGUUAUGCGUGAAGAUUUAGAUGUUCUUGAUAGUGGUCGUUAUAGUGAGAACGCAUGGGGUAAGAAAUCUUUUGAUGAAACCAUUAUAUCUUUGAAGGGUAAAUUAGAUAGUUGGUACAAUGCUAUACAAAAUUCAAAUGAGGAGAAGAAAGUUAAACCUUAUUAUACAUUGGUUACUGUUUUUGAUAUUCCAUCUAAGAAGUUGAUGUUGAGAAAUCUAAAGCCAAAUGAUAAUGAGGUUGCUGUCUUCAAGUUAGGUGGAAUUGCUUUCAACGCAGAUGUUGAUGAAGUUAGGGAAGCAAAAGUAGAUUCUAUGUCUAAUGUGAGUCUUGUUGGUGGUGAAAUCCCAGCAACCCUCCCUGAUGGGUCCACUCCAUUUGAUUCUUUAAAUGCUAAGAUUGAUUCGCUAGAGAAGUUUGAUACUAUUUUUGUGGAUGCAUUUGAUAAGGUUGAAGAGAAUGAUUCUGAUGAUGAUGAUAAAGGGAGUGACAACGAUCGUGAGAAGAGUAAUGAAAAUGAAGAAGAGGUUAACGAGGAAGAAGAAGAGGAUGCUGGAAAAGAUGAAGGCGAGGACAAGGGGGAAGAAGGAAAUUCUAGUGUAGAUAUUAAAAGAAAGAAAAAUGAGAUUAGUGGAGAAGGUGAUGAUGUUGAAGAGAAUGAUUCUGAUGAUGAUGAUAAAGGGAGUGACAACGAUCGUGAGAAGAGUAAUGAAAAUGAAGAAGAGGUUAACGAGGAAGAAGAAGAGGAUGCUGGAAAAGAUGAAGGCGAGGACAAGGGGGAAGAAGGAAAUUCUAGUGUAGAUAUUAAAAGAAAGCAAAAUGAGAUUAGUGGAGAAGGUGAUGAUGUUACAACCCUGGUUGAAGAGAAUGAUUCUGAUGAUGAUGAUAAAGGGAGUGACAACGAUCGCGAGGACAAGGGGGAAGAAGGAAAUUCUAGUGUAGAUAUUAAAAGAAAGCAAAAUGAGAUUAGUGGAGAAGGUGAUGAUGAGGUUGACAAUGAAGACACUGAGAGCGACACGGAACAGAAGGUGGCUGAUGUUGUAGCAACUGUAUCUGAUGUUGUGAAACCUAUGAAGGAGUGUGAACUUGAUGCUUAUAAUGAAUCUUUGGAUUCUAGAGAUGAUGUAGCUGUUUUGUCUAAGGAGGACAUAGCUGAAAACGAUGUUGUUGUGUCUAAGGAUGUUAUUGAUGAAAAAGAUAUUGUUUCGGGCAAGGCUGCCAGUGAAAAAGAUUUUGACGCGUAUUUCAAUGGGUUAAGUCAGCUUCAAAUUGAAGAAACUGUGUUGUCUGGACUAGAGAUUCCUACCAGUUCCUCUGCAGUUGUUGAAAGCAUGGUCAUUGGUGAUCAAUUAGGUCAGGAGGGACUUGGUGUUGUACCAGUGCAAGAGUCUAAUGCUGUUAUUUAUGGUAGUGUUGUUGAGGUUAAGGAUAGUAAUAUUUUAGAGAAGAGAAUUAUGAAGCCUGGAGUGGCUUUGAAAUCUCCAUUCCAGCAAGAUUUUGUAUCUUCUGGUUCUGGUUCUGGUUCUCCUGAAGAAGGUGAAACAUUUUAG